AUGAAGGCCGCAAUCGCGUCUUGUCUCCUCCUGUUCGUCACCGGCGUCCUCUCCGUCGAGUGGAAGUACAGUGCCAUCCUGGACAAUAACUUCUUAGUUCUUUGGACGCCCGGCGAGACGGAUAUUAUGUUCGAGAUUCAAGUGAAGACCCGCGGCUACGUGGGUCUUGGUUUCACGAGGGAGGACAGCAGCGUUGGGGCUGACAUGAUCAUCGGAUGGGUGGACAACAACGGACAGCUCCAUCUUCAGGAUCGACACGUGAAGAAUUCGAGCAAGGACCCGCAGAUGGACUCGAGCCAAGACUAUUGUCUGCUACAGGGUUUCGAGAACAAGACGCACACGGUGCUACGUUUCAGCAGGCCAUACGAUACGUGCGACCGGCGGGACCUGAAGAUCACGAACGACACGAUGCAGGUGAUUUGGCAGUACCACGCGGAGGAGCCAGUCUCGGCGGCGGGAGUUCUGCCGGAUCACGACGCCAUACGUGGCUCGAGGCCGCUCUAUUUGGUGCAGAAGGACGCACAACCGAGGCCGACCUCGCGGAACCAAGAAGCCGAGUUGCAGCUUCAAACGUGGGACAUAUUGAACCAGCAGGUUCGCUUACCCAAGGGACAAGACACGUUGCUUUGGUGCCGCGUUCUAAGGAUGCCAAACAUUGAUCACAAACACCACGUCGUGCAGUACGAGCCGGUGAUACAACCCGGAAGUCACGUUUACCUGCAUCACAUGACUCUGUACGAGUGUCGCGGGGAUCAGGCGGAAUUGGAAUCCGCGGCGAAGACGUCCGGCAGUGUUUGCAAUCAGCCAAAUCAGCCCAAUCAGCCGUCUUUUCAGUGCAACACAAUCGCCGCUAUCUGGAGUCUCGGCUCUGAGGGCUUCAAUUAUCCGCCGGAGGCAGGUUACGCGCUGGAUCCCCGUGCAGGGCCACGUUACUACAUGCUGGAAACGCACUACACGAACCCGCAGAUGGACGCGUUCAUCAGCGACAGCUCAGGUUUACGUUUGCAUUACACGGACCGGUUGCGCACCCACGACGCUGGCAUUCUGAGCGUCGGCAUCGACCCUAACUGGAGGCAUAUCAUACCGCCAGGCCAACCAGAAGUGGUCUCCGAAGGUCAUUGCAUCUCUGACUGUACCGGACAGACCAUUCCCAACAGCGGCAUCAACAUAUUCGCCGUCAUCAUGCAUACUCAUCAACUGGGCAGGAAGGUCCGAUUGCGUCAGAUAAGGUCCGGCGAGGAGCUGCCACCCAUUGCGUCUGACACCAAUUACGAUCCUAGCUAUCAGGAGUAUCGGAAGCUGCAGAAGCCCGUCAGGGUCUAUCCGGGUGAUCAUUUAGUGGUAGAAUGCACAUACUCGUCCAAGUCCCGGCAAACAAUCACGCUGGGCGGUCAGACGAGACGAGAAGAAACUUGCUUGGUGUCCACGCUUUAUUAUCCGCGCAUGGAUCUGUCGAUGUGCUACUCCCUGCCUUCGUUACACACGGUUCUGCAGAGUUUGGGGAUCCAAGAAUUGAUGCAAGGUUCCAGCCCAGUGAAAAUUCAAGAACCGCAGAAUUUGGCCGGGAUGACGUUGGAGGAGCGUCUUCUUAGUUACGACUGGGGUACCAGCUUUCAGAGCUUCCAGGUGGCUACCAGAGGAGGCACCUUCAAGCCUCUCUGUUGGACGAGCAACGGUGCUCUGCCUGGGACGAACAGCUUGGAGGUUCACUAUCCUCGAAUCCUGAAGCCGUACGAGGAGGUGAACAUGCCGUGUUCGAAGAAACCGUUGAGAAACAAGCUGUCGAUGUUGCUGAGCGAAGACGAGGAUAUCGGCGCACCUGUGGAUCCUGACAGUGACGAGACCAACGCAGUCGAACGUGGACAAUUGGUGCGCAGCAAAGUGUCCCGUAGCAGUGACGGGCCAACCGGCGGAAGUUCCUCGAUCAGAUCGGUACCGGUCACCAUGAUCUUUACUACACUACUGGCGUUGAUCAUCGGUGGUGCAUUCAGGUGA